UUGUCCAACCUUGAAAGCUAACGAGAGUGAUGUGUAUGAGGGAGACACGUUCAUGGUCCCUUAAAUAAAUUUACACAUAGAAAGAUUCAACUCUAUACAAACCAACAAACUUUAACGACAAUUUCAGGUGACGAACAUGGCAACACCCAGUUAUUCUUUACAACACACUCCAACAUGGGCUAUUGCCCUUGUUUCCUUCAUUCUUAUCUCAAUCUCGAUCAUCUUGGAGCAUUUCAUCCAUCUCAUAAUCAAAUGGCUGAGGAAACAUAGAAAGAGCGAUUUGGUGGAAGCAAUAGAGAGGCUUAAAUCAGAGCUGAUGAUCUUAGGAUUCAUGUCGCUGUUGUUGACAGUAACUCAAGAUGCUAUAAUAGAAAUCUGCAUUCCAGUGAGGGCUGCAGAUACUAUGCUUCCAUGUCGAAAACGUACUACCAAUGAUACUGCAAUUUUGGAUUCUUGCAGUGCCAAAAAUGUAUGAAUAUAUAUAUGCUUAAUUACUUUUCUACAUGAGAAAAUUUUUUGACUGUUGAUCAGUGUUAACUCUGUUUAUACGCAGACUAGUGAGGUUGCUUUAGUGUCAAAACAUGGAAUCCAUCAACUUCAUAUGUUCAUUUUUGUUCUAGCUGUCAUGCAAAUCGUGUACAGUAUUCUCACCGUUUCUCUGGCAAGGGCUAAGAUAAGGCACUGGAAAGCUUGGGAUGAAGAGACUCAAACAAUGGAAUAUGAAAUUGCCAACGACCCUAAUAGAUUCAGAUACACAAGGCAAACAACAUUCGGAAGACGCCACAUAUCUACUACUACCGCAUCACCAGUGUCUGUUUGGAUUAAAUGUUUUUUCAGACAGUUCUUUCAUUCAGUAGAAAAAGUUGAUUACCUCACCUUGAGGCAUGGUUUCAUAUCAGCUCACUUUUCAGCUAGAAACAGCAACUUCGACUUCCAAAAGUACAUUGAACAGUCACUUGAGGAAGAUUUCAGAAUCAUAGUGAGCAUUAGCCCUGUGAUGUGGUUCACUGUUGUUAUUUUUCUGCUCGUGGAUGUACAUGGCUGGCAUGUAUAUCUCUGGUUAUCCUAUAUUCCCCUCUUGCUGGUUCUGGUUGUAGGAGCUAAACUUGAAGUCAUUGUAGACGAAAUGGCUCUUCAGAUGAAAGAUGUCAACAGUGUAACCAAAGGGACCCCACUUGUUUCUCCAAGUGAUGAAUUUUUCUGGUUUGGCCAUCCAGGAUUUGUGUUAACACUUCUGCAUUACACUUUAUUUGUGAAUGCAUUCGAGCUUGCCUUCUUUAUAUGGGUAUCGACACAGUUUGGAAUAAAUUCUUGCUACCACGAACAUAGAACAUUUACAGUCAUAAGGGUGGUGAUAGCGGUGGCAGUUCAAGUCCUAUGCAGCUAUGUAACUCUUCCCCUCUAUGCACUAGUGGCACAGAUGGGGUCACAGGUGAAGAGCAAAGCCUUGGCUAAGAUUCUGAGGCAGUGGCAUGUUGAGGUGAGGGAGAGAAGGAGGAAGCAACAGAAACUUGUGAAGUCUUUUAGUUUUAGCCAUAUGUCUUCAGAAUGGAACCAAGGAAAUAAGAGUGCCCUUGAGUUUUCUUCAGGGCUACGUGAAAACACUCGUUCCUCUAGUGAAGGAGAAAUUGUACAAGAGUUGGAGCAUCCCAUGAAAACACAGGCAAACUCAUCAAGUGAUCCACCUCCUGGUGUUGUCUAAUUAUAAUUGCCCAAUAAACAUUUUGUGUACAUGGAUUACAACUUCAAAUAGUAUUGAUUCUAUUGAACAUCAGAUUUGUAGCAGUGAAAUUGUGAUCAUGUUUCAAUCUCUUGGAUCCAUGCAUUAAUUUGUUCCGCUGAUACAGAAAAAUCUAAUGUGCAUACAAUUGCAGUAGAUGACAACAUGCAUUAUUUGUACUUGGAACUUUUCACUUUUCGGCAGAAUCUCAAGAUACUUUUAGAAGUUCAAUAAAUUUUUCUGAACUACUUAAUAUAGUAAUCUUUGUUGUUUGUUUAUCAGGAUCAAACAAGAAGUUUUCCAUUAAAUAAUCGUUUGCAUAACGUGUAAAAUCAACAGGUGCUUAACCAUAACAUAUAAACAUGAAAAUCCUCUUGUAAAGUUAACUCACUUGUCGUCUUAGAAGAGGACAAGGAGUCAUGAUAUGCAAGGGUGAAUUUGCUUAAUAGCGUCAAAAUGUCACAUCCAAGGUGAGAGAAGACUAUAAGUGAUAGAAAGAACAGUUUGGUUUUUUGUCACUAUUACUUGACUAAUGCAUUAUCCCAUAAGUGGUGUCUCUGGGUGAAACCA